GAGAGAGGUAGGCAAAGAGAUGAUUAUUGCCUGUAAAAAAGGAGUUAACUUUUCCAAAUAAAUGGAAUGUAAAAUUGGCCAUUGUCAUUGUGUGAUAUUAACACCAGCUCUUUUGGCAAGUUUGGAAAUACUGGGCUCCCUUAUAAAAGUUAAAAAUGUCCUGGACCUGGAGUUGUUUACCCAGAGUAGGAGCUGCUCUAAAGUUACAGAGCUCUGGUUGGAAGAGAUGGCUUGAAGGCCGCCUCCGAGAAACUGACGUCACAGUAACCUCAGCUGCUGCUGUGACAUGAGCUGAGUAGCUUUUUGAUUUGUGAAAUGGUGGAGGUUUCAAAGGGACUUGUCAGUAUCUCUCUGUUAAAUGGUUGGACUUAUUUUGCAUUCCCAUUUUGUGCAAAGAAGCAAGAUUCACCGUGCUGAGACUUUUCUCUUUAAAACAACCGGCUGUCCUCCCAUUGCUAGAUUGACCAGUGGUCGGACAUCCAUAGGAUUUCUCCCCAGAGCAAAAAGGCAAGUGAGACUGCUUCAAAUAAAACAGCUCCAAGCUUCCAAGAAACAGUUAAGAGAAGGCAGAGACGGGCAGAAACACCCUUUCACUAACACUCACACGGUUGCCAUGGACCUACAUAAGCAGUGGGAGAACACAGAGACUAACUGGCGCAAGGAAAAGAUGGAAUUACUGGACCAGUUUGACAAUGAAAGAAAGGAAUGGGAAAGUCAAUGGAAGAUCAUGCAGAAGAAGAUAGAAGAGCUCUGCCAUGAAGUAAAGCUUCGGAGGAAAAUCAACAUGAGUGAACGUGUGAUUAUUGAUCUUGAUUGUGAAAAGGCCAUUCAAGACAAAAUGAUGGAAUCUUCUCCAAAUUAUCCCAAUUCAAGACAAUGUGAAUUUACAGGGAUGAAUCACAGGGAUGGUCUGGGAAAAAAAGGUAAAACAGAGCAGAGCUUACUCAGUGAAAGAAAUCAAAUGUGUAAGGAACAAAAAACAAUCAAAAAAUCAAAAGUAGGGUUAAUAGAUUCUAUGGCCACAGACAACCAAAAGGAAUGUGAGACCCCGCCUGACCUGAGAACUUCUGAGGAAGAGAACACGAGCUGCUCUGGUGCCCUCAACACAGCUCUUGAAGAACUUGCCAAAGUUAGUGAAGAAUUAUGCAGCUUUCAAGAGGAAAUUCGAAAGCGUUCUAACCACAGAAGGAUGAAGUCAGAUUCUUUUCUCCAGGAAACACCAGUUGUAAUUAAUAUGCCUUAUGGAGAUCACAUGAUCAGCAACAACCAGUGCAUUACUUCAACCAGUUUAGAAAAAGAGAAAAAGAAAAAUAGAAAGAAUCUGAGCUGUACUGAUGUUUUCCAAAACAAUUCUAAGAAAAAAAGUGGAAUUGAUAAAACUGACCUGCAAAGAAGUGAAACCCCACCAGUUCCUCCUCCAAGAAGUACAUCUCGAAAUUUUCCCAGCUCAUGUUCUGCACAAGCCCAUGAAAGUUUGAAGGAAAGUUCAGACCACAACGGCUGGGUGGCCCAAGAAGGUCAAGGCGAAAAGAACUGCAACCCUCAUUUCCUCUGGAGGCACGAUGAGAUGCCUACGCUGUGUCUAAAUGAAAGGAAGACUUUGAAAGAUGGUAUCACAUUUUCUUCUUUGGCACCAGAAACCAAAAUAGAUAAAAAGCCUUCAUGUAAUGAAAAUGUUGGACUUACCAUGUGGUCAUGUGACACUGGGAUUGGUGCAAAAAAUAGCCCCUCUACACCAUGGUUUCAGAAAUCCUGCUCUAUUCCCAAUAAGCCAAAAUAUGAAAAGGUGAUUCCAGAUCACCCUGCUAAAUCUCACCCUGAUCUUCACAUAAGCAAUGUCUGUAGCUCCUUGGUGACACAGAGCAGCAGCCCGCUGAGAAGUUUCAGUUGUGGCUUUGAAAGGACUACUAGGAAUGAAAAGCUGGCAACAAAGACUGAUGAAUUUAACAGAAUUGUAUUUAGAACAAAUAGAAAUUGUCAUGCAGUACAGCAAAGUCAAAGCUACGCAGAACCAUCUGAAGAUCUUCAGCCCUAUGAUACUUUAAUUUCUUGCACAGGUAACAUCUCAGAAAGUGACAGUGUUUCUGACAUUCUGAAAACCAGUGCCCCCGUGCCUGUGCCCAGGGAAAAUGUGCAUGAUAAUUCUACCAAAAAACCCACAACAGGCCUAUUCAGACAAAUGCAAGAACACAUAAGCCCUAGCAGUUACCGGAAUAUGCUCCACGAGCAUGACUGGAGACCAAGUAAUUUGUCUGGCCGACCAAGGUCAGCUGAUCCCAGGUCAAAUUAUGGUGUGGUGGAAAAGCUGCUGAAAACCUAUGAGACAUCAGCGGGGUCCGCACUGCAAAAUUCUAAAUGCUUCCAGGCUAAUUGGACCAAGUGUAAUUCUGAUGUCAGUGGUGGAGCCACAUUAAGUCAGCAUUUAAAAAAGCUCCAAAUAGAACAAGAGCUUCAGCAAAAGCCAGCUAUGUGUGGAGCACAGCAAGUGAAGCAAGGAGCAGAUCGGAAAAAGGUAACUGAGGAAUCCGUGGCAGUGAAAUGCUCACAUGGAAAAGGAUUUUCCCGACCUGCUAGACCAGCAAAUCGCCGUCUCCCGUCCAGGUGGGCAUCCAGAUCUCCAUCGGCACCCCCUGCCUUGCGGAGAACUGUCCACAACUUUCCCAUUGCUCUGCGAUCAGAAGCAUCGAUGGUGUGAGUCUCUGGCCUGGAUUGCUGGAUUACAAAAGUCCCAAUUGCCAAACAGAGUAUUCUGAGUGUUUACAACCAAUUCUGUCUCUUCUGUAUCUUUCAAGAUUACUGGGACAAUUGAAAUCUUAACUUCCCAUCAGUCUUCAGUGUUUUUAAUCUAUGGAACAAUUAUCCUCCUGUAUUUUGAUUUUUUAGAUCAGAAUUUUUAAAUGCCAUCCUCAUUAAUUUGCCAGUAUGAUUUAAGUUGAAACAAUGUACUAUAUUGUAUAUUCCAACUUUCUUGCAAGUGGCAGAAAGCAAGGUUAUUUGCAUGGCCGUGUGUUUUGUAGGUGCAUGUGUUGAUAUAGGAAGUAUCAGUAUGUAUUUAGAUAAGAAAAACUUAUGUGCUAGU